GGAAAAGGAUUUUAUUGCAUUGAGAACUUGGGUCGCCAGAGUUCAUAUCAACCUGAUGAUGAAUUUUGAAACAACUUGUUGAGGGUUAUUGGUGCACCGCCACCAUCGUUGGGUUGACAUCUUGGAAAUGGUCAGCCCUGCGGGAUCAACGCCCAAGCCUCAGCCCAUUGAGUCAAUCGAGGAGCUCCAGAAAAGACUGGAUGCCCUUAGCAAUGUCGAGAAGCAGCUUCAAUCUACCAGGAAGUUGACUAGAGCACUGUUUUCUUCCAAUCCCCUCGACAUUCGGCGGGCGUUCAAUGAGUUAAAUAGCUUUUCCACCACGCUGAAGAGUGCGGGGGUUCAAAAAGCUAUUCGAGCAUCAGAGGAGAGUGAUAAGAACCAUCCGUUUAUCGAAGAACCUGCCGUGGUGAAGGCAGAUACGUCUAUCGGGAUACCGCAAACGCCCACAACGACGCGUGUCCAGAAACCACCAACUCGGUCCCCAGUACAACCUCGCAGACCCAAAAACGGUCUUCAAUUACUCCCACCACAUUCUUCUCUGAUUCCUUCAUUAUCCGACUCAAUUGCCGGUUUCUCCUCUUUGCCUUCAUCCAAGCGGAUCACUCUGUUGGGCCUCCCUCAAUUUAUCCGAACGGCGAGCACGGUUCGUCCGAAAGUUCUCAAGUUGAGAAUAUGGUUUCCGCCCAGGGCACGUCAACACUUGCUCACACAGUCCAAAACCACCGAAAUCAUAUCCGUGAUACGCCAAAAUCCUUCCUAUAAGCGUGAAUCUAUUGUUUUGCGUGUGGAAGUAACGGAUCUGUCUAUUGUCUACGUUCGAUUAUCGCCGCCUGUGUCAGAUGAGGUUCCGUUGCGGGUGAUAUCACUUAAUUGCCUGGCACUUGGCGAAAAAAAGCUCCCUCACGAACCGUCUGAUCAUAUUGUGUAUAACCAGAUGUCACAAUUUUUCACCACUCUAUUAACCGAGCAUUAUGACCGCUUCUCAAUUCCUUUGAUGCUGGACCUGCUUUCUACAUAUGACACGCUUUUUACGGACGCGUGCGGGGUGUGUGGCGCGCUGCUUUCCAGAACUGGGCGAUUUCCCCCUGUUGGACGUGUAUGGAAGGAGGAAGUAGCGGGAGUGGGGGAAGAGCAGAAAGCGAAAUGGGUGCCGUGCCAUAUGGAAUGUUUCCACUGAUGGGAUGAUGCCAUCACUGGGAACGAGACGCUGGUCCCAUAGAAAUAACGGCAUCCUGGGAUGUCGAUAGGAAAGUGCCUCAGCUCAAUAACGACUCGGUUUCUGCCACGGAACGAUUUAACUCCUGAAGGGCAAAACCGUUUGAGUUUCUGUUGUUGCGCUGCCACCGACAACACAGUCACGAAAAUCUCCUAAGUUGAGUCAAAAUCAAUUUUGUCGUUUGAUGCUCGCUGCGGGCGCCCAUCUUUGAAAAUGGCAACCAGAAAUGAUCCCGAUAUGGAAAUUAGCGGGGGGUCACGGGAAAAGGCUCUCCG